AUGGCUGCGCUCUUGAGAUCAGCCCGGCUACUCAAGCUUUCGCCUUCGGGCUUGAUCCAGAUCACAGGGACCAAAAGAAACGGGCCGCCGCUCGCUCGGCUGUACAGCGGAGCUCUCGGCGGCGGGAGGCUCGGAGUUUGCACCCGACAGACCGGCCCCGCGUCGGGGAACGCGUCCAGUCGCGUGUGGCCACGCACGGUGGGGUGUGUGCGUAACUAUGCCCUGGCCAGAGAGCAGAAGGAUGAGGCCAGCGUUGUGGUGCGGUCCAAGCAGGCAGAGCAGUUUGACUGGGCUCUGGCCAAGCUGGACAGCUCUGUGAGGAGAACCGGUCGCAUCACCAAGACCCUCCUGCUCCGCAUCUUCCACGAUAUCUGCAGGGCAGGUUAUCCCAGUGGUAACCAGGCCUUGUUACUGCUGCGUAGCUGUGGCUCGCUGCUGCCAGAGGUUCCCCUGGAGGAGCGCAGUGAGCUGGCACACCGUGUGUGGGAGAAGCUGCAGGAGUUGGGUGCACAAUAUGAUGUUAGUCACUACAACGCACUGCUGAAAGUUUACCUGCAGAACGAGUUCAAGUUCUCCCCCACUGACUUUCUGGCCAAGAUGGAAACCGCUAACGUCCAGCCCAACAGAGUUACCUACCAGAGACUCAUAGCCGCAUACUGCCAAAAUGGAGAUAUCGAGGGAGCCAGCACCAUAUUGGGUUUCAUGAAGAGCAAAGAUUUGCCCAUCACUGAGGUGGUUUUCAACUCCCUGGUGACCGGCCAUGCUCGUGCAGGGGACAUCGAGAGUGCUAAGAACAUCCUGUCGGUGAUGCAGGGGGCAGGAAUUGAACCGGGUCCCGACACUUAUAUAUCGCUGCUCAACGCCUACGCUGAGAAGGGAGACCUGGACAGUUUGAAACAGACUAUGGAGGUAGCAGAGAGUGCAGACUCCAGUCUGAUGGACAGGGACAUCAUGCAGGUCAUCUUCACUCUGGCCAAAGCCGGACACCAGCAGCACAUCCAAGACAUGAUUGAGCGCUUGAGGCAUGAGAGGGGCUUCGUUCCAGAUGCCAUGAACUUGUGCCUGAGCCUCAUCACCCAGAGCCAGGAGGACACGGCUUUUCACAUCCUUAAGACUUUCCCCACACUGCAGUCUGAAAGCUUCAACACAGAACCCGCCAACCUGGGCAACUUCUUCCUCCGUCACUGUGUCAACAUGGACACGUCAAUGGAGAAGAUUGGCAUCUUUUGCAAAGAGCUGCAGGACUCUGACCUGCACACUGCGGCACUCAGCUUCACUCUGUCCUGUGCUCUGGAGACCAAAAAGACAGCUAUGUCUUUUGAGCUGAUGAAGAUGAUGAAGGAACAGAACUUACCCAUAAGGCCGCACUACUUUUGGCCCCUCCUCACUCCGCAUAUGAAAGACGGCAACACAGCUGGUGUGGUUGAGGUGGUUAAGGCCAUGCAGGAGCUCGAGUUGUGUCCCGAUGUGGAGACUUUAUCCAACUACAUCCUCCCUGUCUUCCCCAGCAUGAAAGCAGCUCGACACGCCCUCAAGGAGGCAGGCAUCUCUUUGGACUCGGAGAGCUUCCUGUCUUCAGAGGUUCGUUCGUUGGCUGUUAGCAACCUGGCCGAACUCUACAACAUACUGUCUGACCCCUCCUGCCCCUCGAUGGAUCUCAGUAGUUUCCGCGGCAGCCUCAUCUUGGGCUUCAGAAGGUCGAAUGAUGUGGAGCUCAUGGUGAAGAUUACUGAUCUUUUGAACAAAAACGGGCGCUUCUCCACAGAAAUGUCCAAGACUACGUCUGAAGUGGUACCUUUCUUCCUGUACAAUUUGAUCGACAGUAUGUCAGAGGGAGAGGUGCAUGCACAAGAAGACAAACUGAGGAAAUACUUCAAUCAACUGCAGGCUCAGAACAUAACCAUUUCGGGAAACAUCUACAGAGGCAUCAGGAACCUUCUGGAUUCCUACCACAUGCCAGAGCUCAUCAAGGAUGUGGCUGCUUUAGUGGACCCCAAAGACCGAGUGUCCAAUGGCCCAAUGUCAUCUUUCAUCCGUCCCGUUGGAAUUGAGGGUAAGAUAAUGUUACUUGAGAAGAAACUGGCCGAACUGAAAGCACAGGACAUGCCUUUAAGCAAUAUUCUCAGGCAAGCCAUCCAGACGCUCUGUGCUGAAGAGAACCUGCAGCGCGCCCUUGAGCUGAAGCAGGAGCACGAGGAGGAGAUGACAGUCGGCGGCUACGCCCCCCUCAUCAACCUGUGCUGCCGCUUCGACAACGUAGAGGAGGCGCUCAACCUGAAGAGGGAAAUGAGCCGUAAGGACUCGUCGGUUGUGCUGGAUCCCACCAAAUACAUUGCACUGGUCAAGGCCCUCUCGAAGAAUGGCAGAGUGGAGGAGGCCGUGGACAUCCUGAAGGAGAUGAAAGAGAAGGACGUGGUGUUGAACGACACACACGCCACCAUGUUCUUUCACAUGCUCAGCGCCGUGGUGACCAAAGGCGGCAUCGCCACCAUCCAACGCCUGCAGGACACCCUGUUCACCCUCGGACUGGCCAAGCCCACCGCCAACCUCUGCUCGCCCCUGAUUACUGCCUACCUGGACAGUAAGGACCUGUCCGGUGCUCUAGAUGUAGCACUGCAGUGUCAGAAGCUCUACAACCACCUGCCUCGCAUCCACGACAUCAUUGUUGCUCUGGUGGAGAAAGGAGACACCGACCUGCUGCAGAAAGCCAUGGACUUUGUGAGUCAGGAGCGAGGAGAGAUGACCAUGUUGUAUGAUCUGUUCUUCGCUUUCCUGCAGACGGGCCGCUACCGCGAAGCUCGUAAAAUCGUUGAGACCCCUGGGUUAAGGUCACGGCCUGGACGCCUGCACUGGUAUGCCGAGAAAUGCAUUCAUUCCAACAAUAUGGAGUCCUUGGAGCAGAUGGUGGAGAUGACAGCCAAGCUGUUUGAGUGCGACAGAGAUGAGAUGUACCAUUACGUCCUUCGGCUCUGCAAGGAGUCGAAUAACUGGGAGAAGGCAGAAGCGGUAUGGACAAAGAUGCAGGAGGAGAACGUCAUUCCAAGGGAGAGGACCCUGGUUAUGCUGGCAGACAUCUUGAAGAAUAACGGGCAGGUGGUGCCCUUUGAGGUGCCUGAGACCUGGUACCAAAAGGCUGACCCCACACAGCAGGUCAAGACGGAAGCAACCGUCUCCACAACCAACACUGAUGAAUACCGGAUCCGUGUGAUGACCCUCUGUAAAAAGAACAGGGCCAACGAAGCCUAUACGAUGGUGAAGGAGGCCGAUGGAAAGGGUGUGGCAUUAGGCCCCGCCCCUUACGAUAUACUGAUCCGCUCCCUGUUGGCCAAGGGAUCCUUUGAGGACGCCAUGGCAGUCAAGGACAUUGCGACGUCACGCAUGCCAGGCUUCAUGCUGAGUGAUAUUGCCAACAGUCUGAUCAUCGUCACACACAGCAAGCAAGGCCAGUCUAAAGAGGCUCUGGAGAAACUGAGGUCGAUGCUGGAGCUGAACCAGAUGCCCUCGCAGCUCGCCAUCACCAGGCUGAUUCAGGUCCUGGGUAGCCACGGCGACGUGGCGGGGAUCCAGGAAGUGGACUCGCUGAUGAAGGGCCUCGGCACGAUGCUCAACAUGUCCAGAAUGGUGUUUGACAACAACAUAGCCCUCGCACACAUCAAGAAUGGUGACGUGGAUUCCGCGGUGGAGAUAUUGGAGGCGAUCUACAUGAGUCAGAACAUCAUAAGCCCCAGCAUGUCCUUCGUCUUCAGGAAGGUCCUGGAAGAUGACAACGACAAAGCUUUAGACAAGUUGAGCGCGAUGGCGGAGCGGCUGGCCAACCACUUUUCCUGCUACAGACCAACUUCAGACCUCUUCCUCCAGCUGCUGGACAUGGACAAAGUCGAGGACGCCAAGUUCCUGCUGGCUCGCUGCAACGCCGUGGCGGAACAGAAGGAGGUGCUGGUGUCCUACUUGUCUCAGAAGGCUCAAAGGCCCGGACAGAUGGGCAAGAUCCAGGCCCUGCUGAGCCUGAUCCCAGACUUCACUGAGAAGGAGGUUCUGAACCCGUACCUGAUGAAAUCCUAUGUUCUGGAUAAGGACUUCUCGUCAGCCAAGGCUCUGUAUGAGCAGAUAAAGGAGGAGGGCGCCACCAUCGACGAGCUGUCACUCAAACGACUUGCUGGGCUUUACCGUGAGGCAGAAGAGACGGUCCCCUUCACUGAGCCCCCUGAGUCUUUUAAGUUUUACGCAGACAAGCUGAAGGAGAGAGCGGCAAACGCCAAGACGCCGGCCGACGCAUAGAUAUUCAUCCUCGUCUCCUCUGACCUCCAGAUCCAAACUUUUGUGUCCUAUCUCACCUUCUUCUUUUUUAUAAGUGUCUGAGCUCAAGUAUUGUGUUAUAACGGUUAGAUAUUAUACUCUGUCCACUGGGCCCGUGAUAAUAUUAUUGAUGAUGAUGAUGAUGAAGUGUCGAAUGUACAGAAGUAUUUAUGCUAAUAAAUGUCACAUUCUGAGCCGA